GGCACCGUCACUCCGCAGAACCGCUGGGCGAGCGCACCGGCUGGCUGGCUCUCGGGUGGCGGGCGGGCGACCAUGAGCCGUGUCUGGCCGCUGCGCCUGCUGCGGGCGACUGUCCGGCUAGGGCUGGGGCUCCGGCUCUCGCGGGCGGCCGCCUGGAGCGCAGGGCCCCGGACACCGGGCACGCGGGCGGAGGCCGGCGCGGGUGAGCAGCAGGGGUUGGGGAGCCGCGCCGUGCGCAUCGGCUGCGCCUCCGCCUUCUGGGGCGACACAGCGGCAUCAGUUCCUCAGCUACUAUACGGAGAGAAGCUGGAUUUCUUGGUCUUCGAUUACCUCUCAGAGAUAACGAUGUGCCUGCUAACUGCUGCAAAAGGAAAGUCGCCUGACUUGGGCUAUGUUCCUGAUUUUGUACAGACUGCCAUGGCUCCAUAUAUAAAGGACAUUCAUAAAAAAGGCGUGCGUGUGGUCAGCAACGCCGGGGGCACCAACCCUCUCGUGUGCGCUGCUGCCCUUGACAAGAUGGCCAGGAAGGCUGGUGUCGACUUGAACAUAGCAGUGGUCACUGGAGAUGACAUCAUGGGAGAGAAGGAGACUCUGCAAAGAUCAGCCAUCACAGACAUAGAGAGUGGGAAGAAAUUUCCAGACACCAUGAAAAGCAUGAAUGUGUACCUUGGAGCAAGACCGAUAAGCAGGGCCCUGGACCUCGGUGCCGACGUCGUCCUGACGGGGCGCUGCGUGGACAGUGCUGUCGUGCUGGGACCGCUCAUUCACGCUUUUGGUUGGAAGAGCAAUGACUAUGAUUUAUUAGCAGCUGGCAGCCUUGCAGGCCACCUCAUUGAAUGUGGCGCUCAGAGCACUGGUGGGAUAUUCACGGACUGGCAUUUGGUGCCAGACUGGCACAAUAUAGGAUUCCCCGUCCUGGAAUGUUUUCCUGAUGGGCAGUUCAUCCUCUCUAAGCCACCUGGCACGGGGGGACUGGUCUCCUUUGGUACAGUGGCUGAGCAGCUACUGUAUGAAAUUGGCGAUCCGCAGCGGUUCCUCUUACCUGAUGUGACUUGUGACUUUUCUCAAGUCUCUAUUACUGAAAUUCCAGGUGUUGAAGGUGGAGCAGUGCGUGUUCAAGGAGCAAAAGGAUGGUUUCCUUCUUCCUUUUAUAAGGUAAGUGCGUGUUACCACGAUGGUUUCAAAGCAACAGCUCUCUGCCCCAUGGGAGGACCAAAAGCAACUGAAAAGGGAAGGAGAACAGCUGAAAGUAUUUUGAAAAGAACUCGUCUUAUGUUUGAAGAGGCUGGUUUAGAAGAUUAUAGUAAAGUACACAUUCAAAUUUUAGGAUCUGAAGAAACAUAUGGAGCACAAGCUAAAGCAAAUUUAAAUGGAGGUCCUCGAGAAGUAGUUCUCUGGCUUUCCAUACAUCAUAGAGAGAAGAAGGCAGUGGAAAUUUUUUCAAGAGAAAUUGCCCCAGCAGGGACUGGAAUGGCACCUGGUCUGAUGGGAGUGGUUGGAGGUCGUCCAAAAGUGUCUCCUGUUUUAAAACCAUUUUUCUUCCUGUAUCCCAAAGAAAAGGUUAAGGUUGAUAUCCACCUGAUUAAUGGUGGACAUAUUGAAACCUUCCAUGAGGAUGUCACCUUUACACUGGACACAUUGGCUUCAGCAAAUUUACCCAAGACAGAUGAUGACCUAAAAGAUCUACCAAGUGGCUCACUGACUUAUCGCUUAGAAGAUCUGGCCUAUACAAGAAGCGGAGACAAAGGCAACUCUGCAAAUAUAGGCAUCAUAGCACGGCACCCUCUUUAUUACCCGUACUUAAAAAAAUUUCUAACUGCUCAAGCCAUAGAAGAUUACUUCCAACAUAUUCUGCAUAAAGAACAACCUGAAGGAAAUGCAGUAAUAAGGUAUGGUUCAAUAUAUGAAUUGCCAGGGAUAUAUGCAUUAAACUUCGUUUUGAAAAAUUCCCUGGGUGGUGGAGGCACGGCCUCCCUGCGGAGUGACCCACAGGGCAAAGCACUUGGACAAAUGGUAUUGGACUUCCAGAUAAAAGAUGUUCCUGAUUUAAAGUCAUUAGUAGGUGGCUAAGAGAACUUUGCCUUUGGGAAACAUAUUCUUAGUACAAAUGCAAAAAUGAACAGAAGGUAAAAGAAUAUGGAAAAUAUGCAUUGAAAUGAACACCAGCUUGGUGGAUUGAAUACCAGCAUUAAAAAUGUGGCCACUGGAAGGUAGAAGAGAGGAGCUGAUUUUUAACAAAUAUGGAACCAUAAACACCAAAGGUAUAUGUGACACAGACAAGAGAAGCGGUAGUUAUGUCCUACAGGCAUUUGACGAUGCUCUUCUUUUCUGUUAGGCAUAUACUUUAAAAAAGUGAUAAACUGUGAUUUGUUUAACAAUAUAUUCACUUUUAGAGUUAUCUCUCUCUGAUCCCCAAAUCCGAGAUGACAUAAUCUUGUUAUUUGUUUGAAGAGCAUCUUACUCUUCUUUUUAAAUGUUUUAAAAUACCAUAUUACCUAUUCUAAACAAUCUUUAUGAAUAAGCAUACAGAUUAAGUUCAGGUUCAAAGAAACACUCUAUCAGAAAAUUGUAACAGUAGUAUUCUCACGUUGAAUUUGGAAAAAUAGAAAAUAUCUCAAUAUUUUAUCCUCAGUAGGAAAAUGUUUGAAAAAUUAAUGUUAUAAUAUCCUAACACUUUGAACUCAAAUUAAAUUCAAGGUUUACUAUACAACUGUUUUCACAUUUUAGUCUAGGAGAAAACAUUUAACCACUUUUAAUUAACUAUCAAUAUUUUUUUUCCAUGGUAAAUAGUAUGGUGAUUUUGCAGUGAUUUGAUGUAAUAAAAAUGUAAUUAAGAAUCUUAAUGAAUUACUCUGAUAAGCCCAACUUUUCCUGGUGUCUAUCAUUAAUAUGUUACCCUUAUCAACAUUCUACCAUAUCCCUAAUCUAAUACUAGAGAUUGACCUCACUAAGCGAGGGCCUAUUGUUACUUAACAAAUGAGGAGGAAAAAGAUCAAGCUUCUAGGAAUGUGUAUGCAAAAAUAUAAAUAAAUGCUUUGAA